CAGUCGUUCAAUUAUAUAGCAACCAGUCGAUCUGUUGGCCUCAGAGAGAGGGAUUUUAGAGACGCGGGAUUCUUAAAUUAGAUUUUAAAAAAAUUUUAUCGCGUACGUGCGAAGUAUAGUAUAAUAUUCUUCGCGGAUUUCUAAAAAUUUUGUGUCAUCGAAAAGUUUUAGUGUUUUUAGUACAAUUUUACAUGGUAGAAUUGCGACUGCGACUGCAUUUCAAAUAAAAUUUUAUGAUCCGAAUUAUUGUUGAAUUAAAAUUUAUUUAUAUGUGCAACUGACUGGACGAAUUUGUUAAUUUGAUUUGGUCAAAUGUUUUGCUAAUCUAACCGCUAAAUGUUGAAAACAAUCACAAGUUACAUAAGUUCAUCAAAACGAAAAACAUUUCGAUGAAAACUAAGAAAAAAUAAUUUCGAAUUAUUUUGAAAAUGAAAAUGCAUGUGAAACCUUUUCGUCAUUUUGGUAAUAAUUUUCCGUUUUUCGGUGUGUCAAUCUACCGUUUUUAUUUUGUCUAAAAAUAUCUGCGCGUCGUUAAAAAACGUCGUUCUUGUUGUUGUUUUCAAAAUAUUAUAUUCCCGUACGCACAUCUGUUGGACAAAAUAACAAAAAUGAAACUUUGGAAAUCCAAAAAGAGCACAAGCUGUGUCCCUGGAAAAUUUGCAUCAUCGAAAAAUGAGGAUAAGACAACAUCGUCAACGUCGACAACGCCGUCAACUACAAUUUCAGGCGAUCGAGCAAUGAGUCCCGCUCAAUCAGAAGAUUCGGGUCUUGCAGCCGAUCGAGGCACAAGCUAUGCUACAAUUUCAUUACCGAGAGAGAAUGCUUCGUCUAUGGCUAUUGUUUUUGCUGAUCGCACCGACUUAUCAUUCCCACCUGUCAUUGCAUCUAUAAAUGCAUACGGAGCAGCAUCGGAUUUCUUGGCUCCAGGAGAUCGUUUACACCAAAUCGAUGGCAUUUCAACCAUUGGAUUAACAAAUAAUCACGUCUUAAGCAUUUUACACCAAAAUGACGGUCCCGCCGUAAUUGAAAUAGAAUAUUGUUUACCAGACUACAUAUCGCAAAACAGUUUAUGCGUCACAAGUAAAUUGGCACAAAUAACAGUGGAACGAGAAAAUGGUUGUUUCGGAUUAACUUUGCGUGGUGGCGGAGAAUAUCAAUUAAUUGUAACGAAUGUUCGACCGCACGGACCUGCAUUCAAAACAGGUAGAAUCAAACCGGGUGAUCGACUGCUACGCGUUGACAAUAUAUCCUUAAUCAACAAAACUCUGCUAGAGGCACAGCAAAUAUUAAAAUGUGGAAAUUCGUCCGGCUACACAAAUUUGACGAUUGAAUAUGAUGUGUCCGUAAUGCAGAGCGUUGAAUUUUCAAUGGGACCAUUACUGAUAGAAAUCGAACGGCCAAUGAACGAUAAGCUUGGAUUGAUAUUGAGCAAUUACUCCACAUUUCAACACAUCGAUCACAAUAAUAUCGACGACGUAAAUCCAGCCGGUGUAUAUGUAGCCAGUAUACUAGCAGCUAGUAUUGCAGACAGAUGCGGUGCUUUGUCUGUUGGUGAUCAGAUUCUAUCGAUUGAUGAAACCGUUAUCGAGAAUACAGCACUUUCACCCGACGAUGUAAUGGCUAUCCUAGACGCAAAUACCAGCAAGGGCUAUACUCAAAUACAAAUUAUGCCCUCCCAUGCUAUUAUGAGACGAGGAUUAACGAAUGGCAGCUUCAACACAAUGGAAUCAAGAAAAACAAUCAAACAAAGGAAGUUCAUUCGGAAAAGCUCUUUGCCAUUGGAAUCUGGCACAAUGCAUUCGACAAUCGGAAUAUGCCGAUCGGAAACCUUUCAAGUGGUACUGGAUUGCCAUCAAGGUUCUGGUCUCAUUAUUGGUGGAAAAACUCCUUGCGGACGAGGUCAAAUAAUCACGCAAAUAAUUCCCGAUUCAGUUGCCGAUCGAUCUGGUUGCAUACAAAAGGGUGAUCGAAUUUUAUCGAUCAACAAGUUAUACAAUUUGGAUGUCACAGUAAUACGACAAAUUCUCGGUGAUCUCAGUCCGAAGAAUCCUACUUACCAUGGCCAACACUGGGUCGAAUUAGAAAUUGAAUUCGAAAUGGCCGAUUCGGUGAUUCCGGCAAGUGGUGUUUUCAAUGUGAAACUGUCCAAAGUGCACGGAAAUGGAUUGGGUAUAACUGUGAAUGGAACGAAUCACGGUACAUUCGUCAUAUCUGAAGUAAAACCAGGCAGUCCAGCACAUAGAACCGGAUCACUGCGAGCUGGCGAUAUUUUAUUGGCGGUUGAUUCUCAUACAUUGCAACAUUUCAACGUUGAUUCGCUGUUGAAAGACAAUAAAAAUGAUUUCACUACUCUAACAAUCAAACGGAACUCACUACCAGACUUUCUAUUUGAUGCCCAGCAAAGAUGCAACACAAUUUAUGGUAACACAACAGCCCGAAAUGGUAUGGACACGAAUUACGGCUUAAAAUCGGACUACGUUAAUACGAGACAGUGUGAAAUGGGAUCAGUGUUUAAAGCGCAAAGCUGCCAGCCUGAAUUCUACCAAUUCGAUGACAAAAGGCAAAUGAUUCAGCUGAGACGACCAUUCGGUAAUGAAGGCAGUGAACCACCGUGUAUUGGCCGUUCUAUUGGCAACGAUCACACUCAGAGUUUAACCACUGAGGUAACGGACGACCAGUAUAACGAUCACCAAUACGAGGAUGAGUAUGGAAAUCAUCAAAGGUUUACCAGUUAUGACUCCAAUAUGCCACCACCAAUGGAAAAGCAUGUCUACGGCACACAUCAAAUCGUAACCAAUGUUCGUUUAGAACCGAAUGGGGGACCAUUAGGAAUUACACUUGCCGGCAGCGAAGACAUGCAAAAACCAAUUUUGAUUAGCGGAAUCAUUGAGAAUGGAGUUGCCUUCACUACGAAAAAAUUAAAUAUCGGCGAUCGGCUUCUAGCUAUCAAUGACGAGAGUGUCCAGGACGUUCCUCUGUCACACGCAACAAAGCUAUUACAAAAUAUUGGAAAUGUCGUUGAUCUGAAAAUAUCCAGAAAUAUAAAUGAAAACGACAAUCUAAACGAAAACUGUACUGAAAGUCUACCCCAACCGCAAGUAGUAUAUGCAAAAGUACAGCGUCGGCCACGUAGUCCGACAGUGUUCAAUGAUUCGGGGUCAAAUUCAAGCAAAGAGAGUAAAUUUAGAUCGUUUCAUGUUACUCUUUACAAGGAUACCGUAUACGAUGACUAUGGUUUUUCCGUAUCUGAUGGUCUGUAUGAGCGCGGAGUAUACAUCAAUCGUAUACGAAGCGGCGGUCCAGCUGAUGUUGUGGGAUUGUUACGGCCAUACGACAGAAUUAUGCAGGUUAAUGGCAUUAAGACGCAAGAUUUUGAUUGCUGCCUUACUGUUCCACUUAUCGCUUCAGCUGGUGACAAAAUCGAUAUGGUACUGGAACGAAAAACUGGAGAUUAGUCAAACACACACACGUACAUUUAUAAUUUGAUUUAAAAUAAAAAUAUUUUUUAGUUUCCGUUAAUUUUUAGAUUAUUAAGGGCGUUUCUCUGUGGAUUAUUUAAAAACACAAAAUAGUUUUUUUUUUCGUGGAUUAAUUUCGUAUUAAAUUAGAUUUAAAAAGAAAAUCAUUAACGAGAUAGCUAUUUUACUCAAUUCCAUUUUUGAUUGUUUCUUUGAUCAAAUGUGACUUAAAGAAUUUCAUCAAAA